ACUCAACAGGAGUCGCUCUAUACGCGACAUUGGGAAAAUUUGGAAUGUAAAUAAACAUGGAGUUCUCCUUCGACGUAAAUUUGAUUCUUCCCGAUAAAAUUUGUGUUUUAGACAAAAAUUUCAAACCAAGAAAUAUCCAGAAUAAGAAAAACGUUAACAAUUCUAAAAAUUCUACAAGAAGUAAAACUGUGGAAAAACAUUUAUCUGAAAUUAUCAAUGCAAUGGGAGAAGCUUCUGCUCAGGCACAAAAUUUACAAGUUGCAAUUACUACAGAGGAAAAAUUAAGAUUUUCAGAUCAUCGACUUUAUAUCAUGGUGGAUGAAGAAGCUAAUGAUGACAGAGGUGCAGUUGUUGGUAUUUUAAAAGUUGGAUAUAAAAAUUUAUUUAUAUUGAAUAGAGAAGGCAAACUCUUUGAAUGUUUCCCUCUCUGUGUGCUUGAUUUUUAUGUGCAUGAAUCAAGACAGAGGAAAGGAUAUGGUCAUGUUCUUUUUGAAAGUAUGUUAAAGGAGGAAGACGUACGCACUUGUCAUAUGGCUGUAGAUAGACCGUCUGCUAAAUUUCUUACAUUUUUAAAGAAAUUUUAUUUACUGGAAGAUCCUAUUCCUCAGACAAACAAUUUUGUCUUAUUUGAUGAAUUUUUUAUUAAUAAUCCAGUUUUUAUCAAACCAGCUUCUAAGAGAAAUAAAGAAGGAGAAAUAAGUAAAGAGGAUAAAUCUCCAUUAACAACAAUGGAUUCAAAGCAAUUGAUUCUUAAUUCAGGUAGUUUUCAAGGUCAACAUUGUAGUAAUUCAUUGUAUAAUUCAUCAUCUUGGAAAGUCUUGGGUGUUCCUCCACCGAAUUAUGGCGAUCUCAUACCAGUUUCAAAUAAGAAUGUAGAAACCGUUCAGAGGCAGCUUUGGUGACUUUUAAUCUCUUUCUACCUGUAUACUUAAUUGGAAUAACAUCAGGCAUACUUUUAUAUAUUUAUCCACUUGUGUUCAUCUUUGUCAGUUGAAAACUGAUAGAAAUUGAGAUUCAAGAGUGUAAAAGUCAUCCAACUUAACAUCAUUUACAGUUUUUUUAACAAUUUUAGAAUUUUAUUUUAUAGAUUUUAUAUAUUUUUUGUAAUUAUUACAGCUGUUUUUUCUUUAAUUUAUUAAUAUUACAAUUUAUAU